AUGGCCCGCUUUGGCCUCGACUCGGACUCGGACUCGGACUCGGACCACCUCAGCGUCGCGUCUGGGUCCCGCUCGCCCUCUCACUCGACUCGGUCCCGCUCCCACACCCUCGAGCCCGACCACGGCACCGACCACGACGACGACGACGAUGCCCCGCCUCGACAGUCGCUGUACGACAACCACGACGACCACUCGAUGGGCUCGCAAUCAGCCGACGACGACGACGACGACGACCACCUCGCCUCGUCCAACCAAGACGACUCGUUCUCGCCCUCACCCUCGGCCAGCCCGGCACAAGCACCCCGCUCCCGCCCUCCAGCAGUACGCCGACCUGCCACUACCACCACCCGCACCCGCUCGAGCGACGACCCCGACUUGUCGCUCAACUCGACCUCCUCCUCCCCUCCUCCUCCUCCCACCUCUCGCCCUCAACAGCCCCAGCGCGCCGCAUGGUCCUCGUCACACCAGCCCAAGCUCCGCAUCGGUCGCGGUACCUCGGCCCUCGAGCCAAAGCGCGCCGCCGUCAUGCAGGCCUCGCUCUUCCACCAGCACGCCAACGACGACGACGACGACGGCGACCUCAUCCUCGAGCCCGCCGCCCUCGACCGCGACCCCAAGCGCACCCGCGUCGCCGACUCGCCUGGACCCGCACCCGCACCCGCACCCGCGCCGGCGCCCGUCCCAGCGACCGACCCGGCCCCGUUCCGCCCGCUGCGCACCUACUCGCGCCCGCCCCUCGCCGACUCGACGACGGCCCACGGCCGCGAGCGCAACCUCGUCGACGCCGGCCUCGCCCUCAGCCGCAGCUUCCGCGUCGGGUGGGGCCCGGCAGGCGAGCUCGUCACCCUCAAGGGCGUCUACCCGCCGGCGCAGGGCGCUGCGAGCGACUCGCUCAAGGUCGACCGCGUCCGCCUCGUGGCCAGCACCGACCCCGAGCCCGCCCUGCGCCUCCUCAAGCUCCAGCUCGCCCACUCGGACAUCUUCCCUCCCUCGAACGCCGACGGCUCGUCGCCCGACGCCGGCACCUCGGCCCCGCUCGCCGUCCCGUCGCCCGACCUGCGCUUCUCGCACUACGCCAACCUGUUCUCGAACCCGGACUCGGCCGCGGCGCGCGCCCACCAGUCGGGCUCUGGCCCCAAGCCCGACCCGGACGAGGCGCAGCUGUUCAAGCUCGCGAGCGUCCUGUUCGACGAGGUGCCCGACCUCGCCCUCCCCGAGUCGGACGGCGCCGGCUCGCCCCCUGUCACGCCGCAGCAGCGCGCCCACAUGACGGCCAUGCGCCGCCGCGCCCAGCUGUCGGCCUGGCUCGAGGACGCGACGCGCCCUGCCGUCGAGGCGGCGCUGCACUCGGCGUCGUCGGGCCCGUCGUCGUCGUCGUCGUCGAGCAGCGGCGCCGCACGCGUAUUCGCGCUGCUGUCGGGCCACCAAGUCGCGCGCGCGUGCGACGCCGCCCUCGAGAGCGGCAACGUGCGCCUCGCGACGCUCGUCGCCCAGGCCGGCUCGAGCUACGCGCCGCCCGACGCUCAGCUCCAGGGCGACCUCGCGCUGCAGCUCGCCAAGUGGCGCGAGUACGGCGUCGACGCGCCGCAGCUCGUCGACCCGGCGUACCGCCGCGUGCUCGAGCUCGUGAGCGGCAACGUCGGGGUCAGUGAGGGCCGCAAGAGCGGCGACGACGGCAUGGGCGUCCCCGAGACGCACGUCCUCGAGGGCCUGACCUGGGUCCAGGCGCUCGCGGCUGGCUUGUGGUACGCGCCCGACCCGGACCAGGGCGACGGCGAGGCGGCCGUGCGCGACGCCGUCGAGGCGUACGAGCGCGCGUUUGCCCACGACGAGCGCGUCGCCCAGCCCGUCCCGGCGUACCUUGCCUCUUCGUCCUCCCCCUCUCCCUCCUCUCCCUCGUCCGCCCCGAGCUGGGCGCCCCUCCCGUCGGAGGCGCACGCUCCGCCCCGCGCCGGCACGUUCCACCUCCUCAAGCUGUUUGCGUCGCCCGUGCACGCGCUCGAGGACGCGCUCGCGCCGCGCAACUUUGGCCCGGCGCCGACCGACUACCGCCUGCCGUGGCACCUGUACGUGCUCCUGUCGCGGGUCCUCAGGCGGCGCGACUGGGAGGACCGCGAGGUGCUCGACGACGAUGCCGAGGCGAUGCGCGAGGAGGGACAGGGCGAGGCAAGGAGGGAGGGCAACAGCGUGACGGCCGACCGCGUCACCGAGGCGUACGCGGCGCAGCUCGAAGCCGUCGGCGAGUGGGACUGGGCCGCGUUCGUGCUGCUCCACAUCGAGCUCGAGGACCGGCGCACCAAGGCGAUCAAGAACCUCCUGGCGCGCCACGUCGACGAGCUCGCCGACUCGACCUCGCCGCGCGUCGACUUCCUCCUGGCGACCCUGCACCUCCCCGCCGUGUGGCUCUCGUCGGCCCAGGCCGACGCCGCGCUCGCCAACCCGCCGUCGCGCUUCACCGCCUACACGCUCCUCCUCGCGGCGCAGCGCGCCCCCGAGGCGCACGCCAUCGCGUGGGCCGAACUCGCGCCCGAGGCCCUCCUCCGCAACGACCCGUCGCUCGUGCGACGCCUCCUCGCGCCGUUCCACGCCGACGACGACGCGACGGCGGGCAACGUGGCCGGGUGGGCCGACGCAGGCGGCGUCUUUGUCGCGUACCUCGACGUGCUCGACCGCGCGGCGCACGCGCUCCCGCACCUCGACGGGCAGCAGGCGCACGACGUCGCGCGCGUGCUCGCGAGGACGCAGCGCCUCGCGCAGAGGGCGAGGAGCGAGCCGCGCACGAGGGGCAGGACGCAGCUCCGGCUCGCGCUCGACGACAUGGUCGGCCGGCUCGUCGUCCUCGCCAAGGCGGCGGCAGGUGCUGGUGCGCCCGUCGCCCUCGAGCGCGCGCAGCCGAGCCUCUUGCCCGACAGCGAGCGCGCCGUGUGGAUCCAGGGCGCCAACAAGGCUUUCUGGGAGGCGAGCCUCGCGAGGGCGGUCAGUGCCUACCGUCGCACGCGCACACCGCGGCCUGUUCGCCCUCGUCCCACCGUCGUCUCCGACUCGUUCAACAACUCGUCCCCGGCUCGCCUCACGGCCAUGGAGCGCACGCCGUUCGUGCCCGUACGCAAGCACAAGCCGUCCAACUCGCCCCCGACCUCGCCAGUGCCGCGCAUGCCCCGCUCGCCAGCCUCGGCCGGCGGGUCGUUCCUCGGCGGCCCUCCUCCUCCUCCUCUCGGCGCGAGCACCGCCCACAACCGCCUCGCACCCGCCCAUGCCGACCCGUUCGCGCCAGCAUCACCUGCACUCGGCCAUACUGCCCUCCUCUCGCCGCCAACCGCCGCCCCUCGCAUUCGCGCCAAGCUCACCCCGUCGGCCGCGCCCCGUCGCAAGGCCCUUCCCGGCGCAGAACGCGCCGACGUGCCUCUCGCCGGCGGCGGGUACAGCCCUGUCAAGGCUCGCCCCGCCGCCGUCUCGUCACCGCUCCUUGCCGCACCGGCGGCGGGCGGGUUCGGCGCGUUUCCCAAGGUGACGAGCGCGAGCCUCGCGCAGGCGAGCGAGUGGGGCGUCGACGCGGUAGCAGGAGGGCUGCAGAGCCUCCGAUUGAAGGAGCAGAGGGUCAUGGCGGGCAAAGGGGCCGGGAGGGACAACGUCCUCGUCUGCGUGCGUGUGCGCCCUCCUGCGGCCAAGCUCGCCGCCGCCGCUGCGCAAGGAGCCGACGACCGCGCGUGGAAAGUCGACGAGCGCACGGGCAAGCUGCAGCAGUUCGCCGGCGGGCCCGAGUACACGUUCGACUCGAUCGUGACGGCGUCGAGGAACGAGGUCGUCUACGAGGAGGCCGGGCAAGACUUGGUGCUCGCCGCCAUGGAGGGCUUCGACGCCGUCAUCUUCGCGUACGGCCAGACGGCAUCGGGCAAGACGUUCGUCCUGUCGGGCAACGAGGCGAACCCGGGCAUCAUUCCGCAGGCCGUGUCCGACAUCUUUACCUACAUCCGCGACCAUCCCGAGAAGGAAUUCCUGCUGCGCGCGUCGUACCUCGAGAUCUACAACGAGUCGCUCAAGGACCUGCUCGACCCGACGGCCGGCCCGCUCAAGGUCCGCCAAGACGAGCAGAAGCGCUUCUUCGUCCACCCACUGCGCGAGGAGGUCGUCACGACCGAGGCGCAGGUGGCGGCCCUCUUGAGCCGAGGCGCCGACAACCGCCACGUCGGCCAGACCGACUUUAACGAGCGCAGCUCGAGGUCGCACAGCGUCUUCCAGAUGACCAUCGAGUCGCGCGACGACCCGUCCUUCGCUCCGGCCGGCACCCUCCUCACCUCGCCGCCAGCAACGCCUCGCCGACCCGGCGCCAUCCAGACGCCCAACACGCCUCGACUCGCACCUGGCACCGACGGCGUCGUGCGCAUGAGCCGGCUCAGCCUCAUCGACCUCGCCGGGAGCGAGCAGGCGACGAGCCAGAUGGAGAGGCGCAGCGAGGGCGCGUUCAUCAACAAGAGCCUCUUGACGCUCGAGAAGGUCAUCGCGUCGCUCACGAGCGAGGCCAAGCAGAAGCCGCACGUCCCGUACCGCGACUCGAAGCUCACGCAGAUCCUCCAGCCGUCGUUGUCCGGCGACGCUCGGGUCGCCGUCAUCGCCACCAUGAACCCGUCGCCGUCCGCCAUCGAGGAGACCAAGUCGACGCUCAAGUUCGCGCAGCGAGUCAAGAAGGUCGUCCUCAAGGCGGUCCAGCACGAGGUCGUCGACGACAAGGCGCUCAUCACCAAGUACCGCUCGCACAUCGCCAUGCUCGAGGCGCAGCUCAAGGCGACGCUCGACGCUCCUCCUGGUACGCCCUCGCAAGCCGACCUCUUUGCCGACCACAGCCGACAGAAGAAGCAGGCCGAUCGGGUGCACGACCUCGAGCGGCAGGUCGAGGAGUUCCGCUCCCUUUUCUUGACGAGCCAGAACAUGGAGAAGCGACGCUUGAGUGCCCUUCCGCCUCGACCCGUCUCGCCCGUCAAGAUGAUGCGCCCCUCGUCGCCUUCGAGCACCGACUCGACCCUGCAAGAGCGCGUUCUCGACCUCGAAGACGAGCUGUCGGCCUUGCGCGAGGAGCGCGACUCGCUGUCGGACCGCGUCGCCCAGCUCGAGGCCGACCGCCUCGCCGCCGCCGAGACGUCGACCGACGCGCGCCUCGCCGAGCUCGUCAAGGAGAACCAGGAGCUCCUCGUCAUCGCGCGCAACGCCGACGUCGAGGGCGAGCUGCGGCGGCAGGAGCGCAAGUUUGAGAGGACGCUCGAGCGGCACAAGGUGUACCAGGGGGGCCUCGAGGCGACCCUCGAACAAGAGCGCAAGCGCGUCGCCCAGUUCGAGCGCUUUAUCCUUCAGCACCUCGCCUCGCAGACCGACCUGCUCGCCGGCCGGCGACGCUCCUCGGCUGCACACCUCCCGACUUCUGCAUCCGUCACCGGCUUCGUGCCGCUCAUGGCCGAGUCGCCUGACCUCGACGCCAUCUCGCCCGACUUUGUCGAGCUCGACGACCUGCAGUUCUCCAAGCAGGGCCUCGAGACGAUCAAGCGGUCGGGCUCGCGCCUGUUCUGA